AAUCUUCGUACUUAACCUUUUCAUUUUCAUAUCAAUGACGCUAUGUCGGAGCUCACAGUGCACUCGGUCUGCACUAAAGGGCCGAUUUAUCCCAUCUUAUUAUAUUUCCAAAAUAACUGUGACAGUGGAAGACAGUGUAUCGUGUUACAAGAUAAGAAUGAGUCUAGACCUAGAACGAUAGUAAUGGAGACUCCUGAGCUCGUCUACGCCGGCAAAGAGGAAAAGGAAGACUCUGACAUAACCUUGAUACUGGCCAGAGACAGGAUAUCCGGUAAUGUUCGUCUAAUAGAGGUAGGCAGCGCCGACUUGAAACCGGUCACCGAAACUUACUCAGACGAUUUAGAACAUCAUUACGAAGCGAAAGCGCAUAGUAAGAUGGGAUCAAAGAAAACUAAGACACAGAAUAUAUCAAAUAAUGUUCUAAUGAUUCCGCCUAUAGAUAGAGAAAUAACUAAAGAUUUAGAACAGCAAAAUAAAUUUAAAAUUAAUCUUGAAACUGAAUCAGAACAGACAGAUAUGGGGAUUAUGGACCAACAAGAUCUUACAGCGUUAAAAGAGCAUUACUCCGAAGAAUUCCACAUACCGCCUAUUUACAGAGGAGCUACCAAAGUUGAAGAUGUUUAUCAGAUAGAGAAGAUUUUGUCCAAAGAAGAAUAUGAAAAGAUUUUACAGGAACUGCAGGAAAAUAACUAUGCGACUCAUUUGCAUCCUUAUAUAAAGUCCUACAUGAACGUCAGGCAUCUAUCACCACAAUUAACGGUACUUGCUGUCUACACCAGUUAUCUCAUUAAAUACUUACAUGCUAGCAAAGAACCAAUCGGAAUGAGUAAAAUUAAAAUAUGUCAGCAUUCAAAAACAUUGAAUGAUAUACUAAUGAAAAAGUUUACAGAACUAGCUGCGAUUAGACCAGAAAGUGUUCGGGAGAAGAUUAUAUGUCAUAUAAUGGUGUUCAUGUUGAUAUUAAAUAAUUAUAGAUUUUAUCUUGAACCUCUAUGUACUGCAAUGGGUAUACCAAAAAGAUUCAGUAUUGAACAGCUAGUCCACUUCACUGGAGCAUCAGUAGUUACAAGUGAAAUUGGAAGACAGGUGCUACUAAGGCUACCAUUGGUCAGAAAACCACAUUCUACCUCUGAUAAAUCAACCGUAUGUGAAGAUACAGACUCACGGAAGCAGCUAAAAGAAGAAAAAAGAUUAAAAAUUAGUAAAGAUCUCGUGAAACAGUUGGUGUCAAAAGUUCAAGAUGAAACUGUUACGGAAAAGAAUAAAAUUGUGACUGCCAAUGAUACGGUCAACAAUGAUCAGUCUAUAAAUGGCAAACCUUACUCGGAUGACUUCUAUUUGCCAUCUAUAAACAGAGAUGCAGCUCAAGUUGGACAUGUAGAAAAAACUAAAGAUAAGAAUUUAGAAUUUGAGAAGAAACAAUUAGAAAAGCAAAAGAAACUUAGAAUUAAUCUUGAAACUGAAUCAGAACAGACAGAUAGGGGGGUUAUAGACCAACAGAAUCUUACAGCGUUAGAAGAGAAUUACUCCGAAGAGUUCCAUAUACCACCUAUUAACAGAGGAGCUACCAAAGCUGAAGAUGUUUAUCACAUAGAGAAGAUUUUGUCCAAAGAUGAAUAUGAAAAGAUUUUACAGGAACUAGAGGAAAAUAACUAUGCGACUCAUUUGCAUCCUUAUAUAAAGUCUUACAUGAAAGUCAGGCAUCUAUCACCACAAUUAACGGUACUCGCUGUCUACGCCAGCUAUCUUAUUGAAUACUUACAUGCUAGCAAAGAACAAGUCAGAAAGAGUAAAUUUAAAAUAUGUCAGCAUUCUAAAACAUUGAAUGAUAUACUAAUAAAAAAGUUUACAAAACUAGCUGUGAGACCAGAAAGUGUUCGGGAGAAGAUUAUAUGUCAUAUAAUGGUGUUCAUGUUGAUAUUAAACAAUUAUAGAUUUUAUCUUGAACCUCUAUGUACUGCAAUGGGUAUACCAAAGAGAUUCAAUAUUAAGGAGCUAGUCCACUUUACUGGGGCAUCAGUAGUUACAAGUGAAAUUGGAAGACAGGUGCUACUAAGGCUACCAUUGGUCAAUAAACCAUAUUCCACCUCUGAUAAAUCCACCACUGAAGAUACAGACUCACGCAAGCAGCUGAAAGAAGAAAAAAGAUUAAAAGUUAGUAAAGAUCGCAUUAAACAGUUGGUAUCAAAAGUUCAAGAUGAAACUGUUACGGAACAGAUAGAAACAGUAACUGCCAAUGAUAUGGUCAACAAUGAUCUGUCUAUAAAUGGCGAACCUGACUCGGAUGACUUCUAUUUGCCAUCUAUUAACAGAGAUGCAGCUCAAGUUGAACAUGUAUAUAUUGUAGAGAAGAUUUUAUCCAAAGAUGAAUAUGAACAGAUCUACUGUGAGUUCAUGGAGAAUAAUUACACAGCUGAUUUACACCCGUACGUACUGCCCUUCAUAGAAAACGAGACUCUGUCCUUACAAUCAACAGUGCUAGCUCUAUAUACAAGUGAACUUUUAAAAUUCUUACAUGUUGGCAAAGGAGAAAUCAUGAAAGAUGACUUUAUAUUAUGCCACCGUUCUAAGACAUUAAAUAAUAUCAUUAUGAACCGUUUUACAAAACUUGUUAUGUAUAAACGUACGAGGUUGCAAGACAUGAAAGAUAAAAUUGUAUGUCAUAUAAUUGUAUUUACUUUAAUCUUAAGUAAGUUUAGCUUUAAGCUGAUGCCUCUCUUUAAAUCAAUAAAGGGUAAUUAUAACCAUAUGAGGAAAAUGAUAGCUCUAAUCGGAGCAUCAAUUAUAAACGAAGACAGUGAAAUGACAGUGCAGUUAAAAUUACCGUUAGUUCCAAAACCUCAGGCCCCUAUAAGAAAACCUAAGCCCCAUAAAAUUGAAAAGAACUUUGUGCAGCACAAAGACGUCUAUGAAAUCGACCCAGAUGAGUUCUAUGUACCGUUUCUUAACAGAGAAGCAACCAAUCUUGAAGAUGUAUAUGUUAUAAAGGACAUUUUCUCCGAAGAUGAGUAUUUCCAGAUUUUUUUUGAGCUAGCGGAAAACAAUUAUUUGGGUGAUUUACAUCCGUACAUACAGCAAUUUGUGGAAGACAAGACAUUGUCUUUAGAGUUUACAGUGCUAGCUGUAUAUGCAAGUGUACUUAUAAAAUUCUUACAUGCCAGCCUUAGCGAAAUCAGAAACGUGAACUACAAAAUUUGCCACCAUUCUAAGACAUUAAAUGCAAUCUUAUUUGAACGGUUUAUAGAACAUCUUCAUUAUAAAGGGCGGAAUUUUUCAGAAAUCUCAAGGUCACGAGCAAUGAGAAGAAAAGUUGUGUGUCACAUAAUAGUUUGUACGUUGAUCUUAAAUAACUUUCAAUUUAAGGUGGAUUCUUUUUUGGAUGAGAUAAAAAGGGAACAAAUACAAGAACCCUUACGAAAGUUGGUCAGUUUUGUUGCAGCUACAAUUGAAAUUGGGGACGAUGGAACAAUGGUAAAGUUAAAAUUGCCCCUAGUUCCAAAGACUCGGGAGACUAUACGGAGAAAAAAAAAUGCUCAAAUAAUUAGAAUGGACUUGAAGCGGAAGGAAGGAAUUGACCCGGAUGAUUUCUAUCUACCAACUAUUGACAGAGAAGCAACUAAACUUGAAGAUGUAUAUCCUGUAGAUGAGAUUUUAUCUAAAGAUGAGUAUGAUACAAUUCAUAAUGAGUUACAGCUGAAUAAUUACAAAGAUAAUUUACUCCCAUAUAUACAGUCUUUUAUCGAAAACAAGACUCUUUCUUUACAAUUAACGGUGCUAGCUGCAUACGCAAAUGAACUUUUAAAUUUCUUAAAAGUUUAUAAAAAUUUCAGGAACCCAUACUUUAGAAUAACCCACCUUUCCAAUAAAUUAGAUGAUAUCUGCAAAAAAAGAUUUAUUGGUGAAACUAAAAUGGUUGAAAACAAGGCACAGGACAUGAAAGAUAAAAUGGUAUGUCACAUAAUUGUAUGUUUGUUAAUAUUAAAUAACUUUCAAUUCAGGCUAAAAAAAUUCUGUAACGAAAUAAAGAAAACAUAUAAAACGAAACACGUGGAAAAGGUGGUGAGUCUUGUUGGAGCGGUGAUUGUUAAUGGAGACAAGGGAUCACUGGUAGAGUUAAAAUUACCAUUAGUACCAAAGAAGGAGGACAUUAUAAAUAAAACUUCGACACGUCUUACUGUCGAUCAAGACCUAACAAUAUCUGAUGAAAAUGUGAUAGAUCCAGACUACGAUUUACUAAAUACACAGAAUAACAUGAGUGGAGCUUCUAAAAUUGACCCUCUGCAACAUAAUGUUGAGAAAGGAAGUGUAGAACCUGAGACUGAGAAUGUUGAUGUUGAUCAAAGAGAUCAAUCCGAUAAUGAAAAUAUGAAGGACGCUGACGACGUUUAUUUACCGCCUAUUAACCGAAAGGCAACCAAACUUCAAGAUGUAUAUCCUUUAGAAAAGUUUUUGUCUAAAAAUACAUAUAAGAAAAUUGAGCGUGAGUUAAAAGAUAAUAAUUACAAAGAAGAUUUACAUCCGUGCAUAAAGUCCUUUGUGAAAAAGAAGUCAUUGUCUUCCGAGUUAACAGUGCUGGCCAUGUGUGCAAGUUCGCUUAUAAAAUACGUACAUUCUCUCGCGAGAGAAAUCAAGAAAGCUAACUACAGAAUAUGCCCCUAUUCCAAGACAUUGAAUGAUAUCUUAAUAAAAGGAUUUACAGAACUUGUUAAAUAUCAGAAUAAUAAAAAAUACAAAGUAAAUGUAAGGAUCAAGUCGGCAAACAUGAAAAUGAAGUCUGUGUGUCAUAUAAUGAUAUGUAUGUUGAUUUUAAAUAACUUUCAUUUUAAGCUGGACCUUCUCAAUGACGCAUUAAAGAAAACAUGUGGAUUUAGAUUUAUGCUGGAGUCUGUACGCCUUGUUGGAGCGAUCAUUGAAAAUAGGGACGGUGGAACUAUAGUGAAGUUACAAUUACCAUCCGCCCCAACUCAACUCCCCUUAAAACCUUUGGAUCGUAAAAUUGACUUGUCUAAAUAUGACAUAGUUGACCCAGACGAUUUCUACGUACCGCCUAUUAACAGAGAAGCAACUGAACUUGAAAAUGUAUAUCUAAUGGACAAAAUUUUCUCUAAAAGUAAAUACAAGAAGAUUUACUGUGAGUUGGAAAAGAGUAAUUAUAUUGAGGAUCUACACCCAUAUAUACAGUCCAUCAUCGAAGACAAGUCGCUCUCCCUGCAGUUCACAGUGCUAGCAGUUUAUGCGAGUGAACUGAUAAAAUUCAUACAUGUCCCGAGCUUGCAAAUCAGGAAAAAUGACUUUAAAAUAUGCCACAUUUCUAAGACACUGAAUAAUAUAAUAAUGAAAGGAUUUACAGAAUUUUCUGAAUAUAAAAGUGGUGGUAAUAACAGAAAGUAUAUCCUAAGAAUCAGCUCACCAGAUAUGAAAGGAAAAAUGGUAUGCCAUGUAAUAGCGUGUGUUUUGAUCCUAAAUAACUUUCAAUGUGAGCUGGAUACUCUUUCUGAUGCAGUAAAGCAUAAUAAAAUUAUAAGAAACGCACAAGAGAUGGUCCGUCUUGUCGGCGCGUCUAUUGUAGACGGGGACAACGGGAAAAUGGUGCAGUUAAAAUUACCAUUAGUCCCAAAAACUCAGAUUACCAGAAGAAAACAAUCUACUAAAAUCAUAAAGACUGCAAGAUUAAGCGAGCGGAGAAAAAACAGGUAGUCUAGUCUCUAUAUCAGCAGUCGCAUUGUGCGAGUUGGUUGGAGUUUUUAUAAUGGCGAUUCCAGAUAAGUGUUAGGUACGUGACGCUAUUUUUUAACGCUUCUGAUAGUUAAGUAGCCAAAAUUUAGCAUGAUAACGUUUUAAUAACAAAACUUCCGUAAAGACACAGUUCUGCCAUCUUGUGAGCUACAUUGGAAGCUUAAACUUGACAUUUACACUUCGCGCCAAUAAACAGGGGGCUCCUCUGCUGUCGCCUACAGAAAAUUUAUGCACGCUCCCUAUAAAUAUGUAGGUAUUGUGUUUCCAAGUGGUUUUUUUUGAAAAAAAAACCAACAUCAGCUUAAAAUUACUUUAUUUCGUUACUUGAUCAUCGCUCGCAGGAUUGAACAGUUUAAAAUGCUAACGGCAAACGAGAUAUCGAGUGGAAUAGGUAUCUGAGGUGAAAGGAAUCAUGGCCUACCCCCAAAAUCGAAAGUAAGUAGGGCCUCGCCUCUAUCAGAAUGAACGAGUAUCCCGGAACUCCGUUGCGCUUGCGAUGAGUGUAAGCUACUGUUAAAUGACUAAUAAAGGAUACGCGGGAUAGCUUCAGGGCCUUCAGGCCAGACACAACUACCUAUUUUUGCAAUGGAAGAAAUUCAUAAAAUAGGUAACUUAAUGAAAAACCCUGUAAUCACGGCAAAAAAUAUUUGGCAA